CACCGCCCCCGUCUCGCGUGUCAGCAACACGCCGCUGUCUUGUGAAUGGGUCACUGUUGAUAAAAGGAAAGCCAUCCGGCUUGGGGUUUAAACGGGUUAUCCUCAAGUCGCUUCGAGUAUUCUGGAUGGUCAGUUAACGAACCGGACACGCUUCCACAGAUCGACAAAUCUCAAUAUAAGUGAGCAUUUGCGGAUUCAGUCAUGACCUCGGGACAAGCCAGUGGCUUUAAACAGCUGAUCUUGACCAUUGGCCUGACCUUGACCCUCGGUCUGCUCCAGUGGCCAAUAGGGAAUGUCAGUGGACAGAAAGGACCAUCCGCCGUUCAAGUUCUUCAGGAACUGCUUACACAAUAUGGGGAUAACACCACCAUCUCAGUCCCACAGCUUCGGUCGCUCCUCAUGCAGUUAAAUGGUGGGCAGAGCGGAGACCCCAACGUACAACCGCAGCCCACCAAAACCAAUGCAUCGAAGUGCUUGGCAGCGGAUGCUCUGGCCAUGUAUGGGAUGACCGAACAGUCCCGUGUAGAUGGACAGGGCCUACAGGAGAUCUGCCCCACCAUGUUACAGCAGCUAGGUACUGAAGCGUGUAAAACACAACAGGACCAAGAACCCGAAACCAGCCCCAGACCCACAGAUGCUGAGGUGUGGGGUUAUUCUAUUCUGAGCGUGACUGUGGUUAGCGUUUUCGCUUUGACCAGCGUUUUUGUGGUUCCCCUGAUGAGGACACGGUUCAUGCGCAGAACACUUGUCUUUUUCAUCGCUCUGUCCAUCGGAACGUUGUUCUCCACCGCCAUCCUGCAGCUCCUGCCUGAGGCUUUUGGAUUUGACCCCAUGGAGGAUUAUUACGUGUCCAAGUCUGCUGUCGUGUUUGGAGGAUUCUACCUGUUCUUCUUUAUGGAGAAAGUGCUGAAGAUGAUCUUAAAACCAAAGGACAGGGGAGCACACGGCCACAGUCACUUCCCUGUGGAGCACUAUGCCAGCACUAAUGGGGACCUGGAGGAUGGUGUUAUGGAUAAAUUGCAAAAUGGAGAGGUGGGAGUAGCAUCUUUAACAAGGGCGGAAGUCGAUGUCAGAGGGCUCGGAGAGGACGACAAAAUGCUAAGCUCAGGGCCAACAGUGCAGGACUCUCAAAGUUCAGGCGGUGCUAGAAUGGGCGGAUGCUAUUGGCUGAAGGGUAGGGCGUACUCUGACAUCGGGACUUUGGCGUGGAUGAUUACUCUGAGCGACGGUCUCCAUAAUUUUAUAGACGGUCUGGCUAUCGGGGCCUCCUUCUCGGCCUCUGUGUUUCAAGGGAUCAGUACUUCAGUGGCCAUCCUGUGUGAGGAGUUUCCACAUGAAUUGGGUGAUUUUGUGAUCCUGCUAAACGCUGGCAUGAGCAUUCAGCAGGCACUGUUCUUUAACUUCCUGUCAGCCUGCUGCUGUUAUCUGGGCAUGGGUUUCGGCAUCCUGGCUGGAAAUCGCUUCUCUCCUAGCUGGAUUUUUGCUUUAGCCGGGGGCAUGUUCCUCUACAUAGCACUGGCUGAUAUGUUUCCAGAGAUGAACGAGGUCAGUCGUGAGGAAGAGGAGUCAGGAGGAAGCGGAUCUAUGGUUACUUUUGCCAUCCAGAACGCUGGGCUGCUGACUGGUUUUGCCAUUAUGCUUUUACUCACUAUGUACUCUGGACAGAUACAGCUUGUAUAGCAAAAGAUCUAGAAACACUUUGAACCAAAAGGACUAACUCAGUAUCUGGGACUUAAACCUGAUAUCUACCGGGCUAAACAUUAAACCUCCAGCAGUGCUGGCAUGUUUUAAAAGCCAGCUGGACUAGGUUAGGACAGACAUUGAAAGGUGUGUUUUGGGCUCCGAUUAAACGGCGGUCUGUCUGAAGAGGCUAGAAGUUUGACUGAGGUUUAGAUUCAUCCAGAACCAAGGACUUGUGGAUGGAACAUCUGCCUUUCUACUGUAGUUUAGGACUCCUCUUGUCCUUUUCCCUCAAAAUAAUUUUAAGACGCAAUGCUGUUCCUCUUUUUUUUCCAACUACCCUAUUGUAAUAAUCUGGUUGUUUGUAAACAUUUAUACUGUUCUUAUUGUUUUUGAGGUUUUUGACAAUAAGCCUGAUGAGAUGGGAUGUUUCCAAAAACUUUACUUUGACUUUACAAACAUCCUGAAACUGAUCAAAUUCCAGUGCUUCAUACCGAGUGCUUUUGUUAGUCUGUAGAGAAAUUCAAAAAUUAAAUAGCUGUAAGCACUUAGAUUGAAACUAUUUAUGUUGGUUUAGUAAGUUAUAGUGUGUGGUCACAUACUGUAAGAAGUUUUUUGUUACGAACAGGUGUACUUUGCAUUAUUUCUAAAAGAUCUCACAAUACCAUUCCAUAUUACCCACCAAAAAAGACAGGUGGAGAUUGAAACAAACAAGUCCCUGAUUCUUUCACUGUUAGUGGUUGUUUUUUAAUCCCCUUUGUCACAGAAGCAGAGACCAAGUUUCUUCUAUAAAAAUGCCUGCCAACUGUUCCUUUUUUACAUGACUAGGCAGUGAAUUUUUUUUUCAUUUCAGAUUAUACAGUAUUUUAAAACCAAAUUAGUUCUGAUUAUCUCUUGAUUUAUUUGUUUUAUGUAUUUAUGUAUAGACAGACAUAAGUGCAUGGAUAGGUAAAGUGUUGUGGAUGGUUAAAUACCUUUUACAUUUAUGCAUUUGGCAGAAUCUAAUGAAUUGAAGUGAAUGCCAGCUAUUUUUAUUAUUUUUUAAAUAUAUAUUUUUGUCAGUGUGUGUGUUCCCUUGGAAUCAAACCCGUGAUAUUUGUGUUGCAAACGCAAUGCUCAACCAGUUAAGUUACAAGAGCACAAAUAGACAUAUUGCCCUCAACAGAGCUAUUGUUACAUCCAAUUACAUACUGUCAUCGCUUCAUUUUUGCGGUGUAUUUAGUUAUCAAUCAGACCAGGAAAGUGUAAUGUUAAUCACAGACAUUAUGUUGCUCAAACCAAAAACUACCAUCCUGAAAGCCCAUAGGAAAUUUCUGUUGGAACAGAUUUUUGUCUUGGCAAAGGAAAUUCUCCUCCAGGUUUUAAAACUAAACUACAUCAUUCUUCUAUAAUAGUGUUAUAAUAGUCAAUUUUAGAUUGUUGUCAUUGUAAGAAAUUGUAAGCAAAUGCAGGCACAAUUUGAGUUUUGUAGUCAAUAAUGAAUAUUCAUAAAAAUUGUCUACAAUAUAUUUUCUAUGCAGAAUACAGUAUGAAUGGUUAGUACAAACUGUGACAUUAUUGAAGAAGUGAUCUUCGGUCUUUAGUGUUGGCAGCCUUUUCUUCAGCUAUCAGAUUUAGUCUUUUCCAUCUUUAAAAGCCUGUAUCAUCUGUCUCUUUCAUUAUAUCUCCAUCACAUUUUGUAUGUUUAAGUAAUGUUAGCUGCUAUUGCAUUGGUGGUUUUAAGGGGCUUUCAUUAAACUGGAAUUCCCAGUGUGCUGUUGAAAAAAAUGGCUACAAUGGUAAUCUUGUUCACUAUGAAGUUGAUACAUAGCUCUUUAUAGACUGAAAUCUUUGUACUUAAACAUAUGGUCAGCAAAUCCGAGUAACAUUCUUCAGCAAUUUUUUUUUGCAUUUACAGUAGACUUUCAGCUGUAAUUUUCUGAAAUAUCCCUUUGUGUAUUUAGGAGUUACAUUUGGCAUUGUAGGCCGCGCAGGUUACAACAUUGUUUCAGCUUGAUUCUAAUUUCUAUGCAUUGAGAAAUUUCCUCUGAAGUGAGUUUAUGCUUUAAAGAAGGGUUACUCCCAACACCUUCAUCUAAGGAUCAAACGUUUUAGUUUUUUGUACCUCAUUUUAAUUUAGUUAUAUUUUAAAACAAACUUUGUGUAGAACGUGUCAUUGUUAAUAUGUCUUUAAUUUAUGUAUACUCUUAUUAAUAUUUAAAUGAUAAGAAGAGGUUGCUGUAAAAGAAAAUGGGAUCUGUUUAGUGUGAAAUGUAAUUGCUAGUAUAUCUGAAAAUGAUGAAGGCAUUAUUUUUAAAUACUGUAAACAUUUAAAGUGUUGUGUAAAUUGUGUUGCACUUCAUUUGUACAACAUGUGAAAUCUGAUUGCUGGUGACAUGUUUUACAUUUUUCUUUUCAUUGGGAAAUAUCAAGCCAUGGGUUUUCAGUUCAUUGUGCAAUGAAAAAAAAUACCAUCUGAUAAAAACUUUUUUCUAUUAA